GCAAUAACAAUAAGAUUGUAGCCUUACAGAGCAAUAGUUUUUGGCUGCCGGGGUCAGUAACCUCCAUUGAAAAGUUGGAAAAACUCAGAAGAAGAAGGCAAAUAAUUUAAAAACUAUAAAAAAAUAAAUAAUGAAGACCAAUUGAAAAGUUGCUCACAUUGCACAUUGACAUAGUGGCAAAUUGAAUCUGCAAUAUAUUUUCAAAAGGAGUAUAAAACCCUGUCAUAUCAUAUGGUGUCAAAAAAUGUCCUUUACCAGAUAUUAGAAACCACUAGCUUUUUAGCUGCUGCAUCACUAUACCUCUCAGAUAAAGCAGGAGUUCUGAAGGAUGGUAAAUCAUGAUGGUACAGGGCACAUAUUCUGAGAUACCAAAAAGCACCCUUUAUUGGGGGAAAGAAUAGGAGAUAGCAUGGCAGGAUAGUGACAGUACAGCAAGAGGUGAUAGUAAUGCUUUAUAUCAGUGCUGCCAAACCUGAAGUCCAUAUGACAGAAAGGUCUACUUUAUAGAAACCAAUGGGGCCCAAAAAGUAAAUAAAACCAACAGAUUUUACUCUCAUUGCAGACUCUUACAUGCACUGAUGCAUGACUAUGUGGUCUUGGAUAGCUGGUAGGGUAUUGGAGUCUAGGGAAAUGGCACAAACAUCAGUUUACAAUGUGUCAUUGUAUGAAGGGGAGUUUCCGAAUUAGAUCUUCGUCACGAGAGGUGUGCACCACUGAAACUCAGGGGACUACAGACAAAGGCUGACAGACACACACCUGGAGACAAUAGGUCUGAGCUAGAGAGAGCCAUUAUACAUCAUACAGGCAAAGCCAUAAAUAUGAUCAACCUUGGGAUUUUUAAUUCUGUCUACGUGUCUUCAUUUCUUAUUUUGAUCGGCGCCUCUGGAAUUCCAGUGAUAGAAAUUAUCCCACAUCAUACAUUAAAUUUGCCACCCACAAAUUUUACAGCUCUUGGUGAUCCCCAACUUAAUACUGUGUGCAGUGAGCAAUGCAUAAUACAAAAAUCACUACAGGACCAAUUAGACCAAGUUCAACAGCUGGACUAUGAGACCACAUAUUCCAAUGGCAGCCGCACACUAACUACCAUAGAGUUGAAAUUGCCACAGAAUCAAAAGAAGCUAGAAGACAAGAGAUCCUAUUCGCUGCGGUCUCGGCGGCAAAUCUAUGGUCCAGAUGUAAGGUUUUCCAUCCGCAGUCGGAAAUUUCUGCAGGACUUCCCUUUUGCAGCAGCUGUGUAUGUGUCCACGGGAUGUACUGGGGUUCUUGUGACAGAACGGCAUGUCUUAACUGCAGCUCAUUGCAUCCAUGAUGGCAAAGAUUAUGUUCAGGGAGCACGUAGGCUGAGAGUCGGCUUUCUUAGGCCAGGAGUAAAUCCAUCACUGCGUUGGGUGCGUGUCAAAUCCACUAGAGUUCCACGCAGAUGGAUUGGUGCACCUGCAGAACUCAGUAUGGAUUAUGAUUAUGCUCUUCUGGAACUACGGAGGCCACAAUCUCAGCCUCACAUGUCUUUGGCAGUCUCUCCUCCUCUGCAGAACUUGGCUGGGGGUAGAGUACACUUCUCAGGUUUUGAUAAUGACCGUCCUGGGGAGCUAGUGUACCGCUCAUGUAGAGUUAAACAACAAACAGCUCACCUGCUUUAUCAGCACUGUGAUGCACAGCCCGGUGCUAGUGGCUCUGGGGUUUAUGGGCGGCUGUGGAAUAAAGGUCGCUGGGUAAGAAAGGUCAUUGGUAUCUUUUCAGGACACCAGUGGGUAGAAGUGUUUGGGCAACCAAGGGAAUACAAUGUGGCAGUCAGACUUACACCCCCAAAAUAUGCACAGAUCUGCUACUGGAUCCGAAGCUCUAGCUGCAAAGAUGGAUGAGUGACUUGAGCAGGGGCAAACUGGAAUACAGCAUACAAUAGCACUUUCACUGCUACCCAUUAUGAUUGUCUUGUUGUUCUGCUAGUCAAAAUAGAAGUUUCUAUCAAUGCACAAGAGAAAGCUCAACAAUUACCAAUAAUAAUAACCUUAUUAAUUUCUUUGGGAUAAACGUUCAAGUUGAAUUUCUCUGCCAUACUUCCAAACCUGUAGAAUAAUAUAGCUAUGUUAUGGUCAUCAUGGUCAAUGCUCAACAUGAGUCCAGAGCUUAAUGACUACAGCAGGCCUCAUCAAAUGAUUUUAAAAAAAGUGUCAAAGAAGUUAAAUGUGGGACUGAUCAGUGGGAGAGUGAAAGAUCUCACCUCCCCAUAAAGUGCCUGUGGGCAAGUAAUGCACAGAACGGCAAAGCAUAAAGACUGCAUCUACAUUGAAGGAAUUCCAGUUAUUUAUAAAAUGUGUUUCCUACUUUUAAACGCAUUAAUAUAACUUUAAAAUGUAUUAUGGGAUAGAAGCAAAAAAGUUGCAACAAAACUAAGCUGCCAUUAUAGGAUGGAAUUGUCUACCAGCUGGUAACUGCUUCAUUUCAUUGACACACUUAUUUGUUCAAUAGGAACAAGACACUUUUACAGUUUAAAUAAUAAAUUAUAGAACAAGGGGCAAUGAAUGAAAGCAUUUAGAGAUUUGUAUUGAGCUGAAACCUAAUCCUCCAGAGACUCAUCUCAAACCUAUUUAAAAUUAUAUGAAUUAGCAGCAGAUCAUUUACUGCAAGAUUUACUUUUCAUUGUGAUUCAUGGGUCAAUUCAAUUAGACUGUGUAUCUUGCACUUGAAGUGCGGGAUUAUUGUUCUGUUCCUAUUCAUUUAGCAACAAGUGAUUACACAAAUCAAGUAGGUUAUGAAUCAGCCUGGAUAUAAUUUAUGUGGUUUAUAAGUCUACAAAUUGCUGGUAAGAAAGAGGCCAAAGUGAAGUAACCAGAAUGCCAUGAUACCAUACCUUACUGAGGCCUAGGAUCCAUCUUAACUUUUAAAGGGAGAUCUAAAGUUGUUCAAUGUGUCUGUCAGUGCAGCAUCAAAAGCUUAUUAGAGACACUUUCUGCACAUUAGCUGCCUUCCACAAAUGGCCAUACAUGGCAACAUCCGCUUGUUGGUGAGGUUACCAAAGAGCGAAUCUCACCUAAGGUGGGUGAUAUCAGACUAGGUGGGUGGCAUCAGACUAAUAACCCAGGGUCAAACAAUCAAACAACAGACAAGAAAAUCAAUUUAAGGCCAGAUACCAGUCGGGUAGGCCAGUGCGAUAUACGGGCAGAUUUCAGCUGCCGAUUCGGGUCCUUCAGACUGAUUCAGCAGCUUAACCGUGUAUUGGCACCCCCCACAGGCCUGCUGAUGUGAUGGCCCAUAUACCUGCCAUUUUAAUUUGAUUAUAGGUAAUAGAGAUACUAGGGGAGCCAGACAUGCAAAACAAUGCACCAAAGAUGUAAAGGUGGCCAUACAUGCUAAGAUCACGACCUCGCCAAGCAAGCGGAUCUUCUCCAUAAAUCCCC